CGCGGGAAAGUCCCGAGGAACUCACGGAUCUGCGUGCCAGAAUUGUUCGAGGACGUCACAGCAUCCACUUCCAAUCGACAUUCGCGAUUCAGGUUCCUAGACCUCAGGGGACGGGUCACGCGAAACGCGAAACGCAUCCGACUGCAUUACAUCCGUCAACGUGCCAACAUCUCCGCCAGCGGCGAGCACGCGAAACGUCACAUUGGGCCGAGAAUUCCUGGUCAAAGAGGUUAGGAGAGAAGCAGAUAUGGCCGCCGACUAUUCGUCACAACAAGUGCUCCGGCACCAGGAAGAGCAAUUCACUGAGCCAUACAGUGACCGACCUGAAGUACAACUUUCAAAAUCUCAUCGCGAAAUGGCGGAGCCUGCACCGGGCGAGACUGCAGAACAACACGCGGCUCAUGCUAUCUACCAAUCAAAAAAGCACUGGGGAUUAGAUCGGAGGUCAGGGACAAUUCUCUUCUACGCCAUAGCGAUUCCAUCAUGGGUCUUCGAGAUCGUAGCAUCGGCAUUGGCACCAUAUUACAAGACACACAGCGCGCCCUUCAUUGCCUGCGCGACGAUAUGGUUAUUCCUCUGGGCAUUCGCAUGGCUUCAGACAGCAUCUGCGAUGCUUCAAAGAGCAAGUUGGGUGCGCGACGAAAGUAACCUGAAGGACCGGCGGCAAUUUCUGGAUCUCAGCGUGCGGCUCAAUCAGCUGAUGAUGCCCACGGCAUUGAUCGCGUUUGUCACGUUCCUGGUCGCCUAUACCGGAAGACGGCAUUAUCACGACCUCACCUUUUGGCUGCUGUUUUUGUUGCUUUUCAUCUUGAAUACCGUGGGAUGCGUCAUGAAUGCGUACAAUAACAUUGGGUGGGAGUGCGAUCGGCUGCAUUAUGAGGAGGGCGAGGCGCCGAUGAAGUAUACGCGCCUGGCGAUGCUGGGAAUUCCUUCAUGAUUCGGCGCCCCGGGUUGCGAGGCUCGAGUGUGUUUCUGGUGGACACCAUUCUGUUUUUUCGUUUGCGUUGAGCGAUAUAUGUGGCCUUUUUAAUGUUUUUCGAUACGUUCGAUAUGCAUCACGGAGUGAAAGAAUGACAAUCCGGGAAUCUGUUGUGAUGGACAGGAAGCAUGCCACCUUCACCCACGGCCCCAUCGGUGUCGCCUGAACUCGCAGAGUUUGUGACUGUGAGAUAUUCCGUAUGAGUCACGUUUCGCCACACGAUAGUCUGUUGGAAUGUGGAAAAACAAGAAUCUUGCAGGUGGUCUUAAUCACGGGUUGCACGG